ACAGCAGAGACCUCGUCAACAGCUCCAAAAAAAUACCAACGCAACCAAUCUCUCUCUCUUCCUCUUCUGUCAUAUCCACCGUAGCGUAGAGUAGUCGUGUCUCCCUCGUCGUCCCCUCAGCGGAUUCCGAGGUGGUUGGAGAGGCGUACGCCUAGGUAUCCUUGAUGAGUUCUUAACUCUCCACCCCUUUGUUGUCUUUAACCAGGUCCAGCGCCCAUAUGACCAUGAGCAAAGCAAUGUCGGGGCCACUUGACCAUUACAGAAAAUCUGGUCUAGAUGGCACCCCUGAGGAGAGGCGAGACAGAAGAUCCGAUAUUGAGAACUCUGAGGAUGAGAGGAAGACCAGGAUUGGAUCUCUGAAGAAGAAGGCGAUCAAUGCCUCUGCAAAGUUCAGAAAUUCAUUGACAAAAAGGGGUAGGAGAAGUAGUAGGGUCAUGUCUGUCUGCAUAGAGGAUGUGCGUGAUGCUGAGGAAAUGCAGGCUGUUGAUGCUUUCCGCCAAACUCUCAUUUUGGAAGAAUUGCUACCAUCAAGACAUGAUGACUAUCAUAUGAUGCUCAGAUUUCUGAAGGCCAGGAAGUUUGACAUUGAGAAAACAAAGCAAAUGUGGACUGAUAUGCUUCAAUGGAGGAAGGAAUUUGGUGCUGACACAAUUGUUGAGGAUUUUGAAUUCAAAGAGCUUGAUGAAGUCUUGGAGUACUAUCCACAAGGUCAUCAUGGUGUAGAUAAGGAAGGCAGGCCAGUCUACAUUGAAAAACUAGGACAAAUUGACACCAACAAGCUAAUGCAAGUUACAAACAUGGACCGGUAUAUCAAAUACCAUGUGAAGGAGUUCGAGAGGACAUUUAACACCAAGUUCCCAGCUUGCUCGAUUGCUGCAAAACGACACAUUGACCAAAGCACAACAAUUAUUGAUGUGCAAGGAGUGGGGAUGAAACAAUUCAACAAGGUUGCAAGGGAUUUAAUCAGCCGUCUUCAGAAAAUUGAUGGUGAUAAUUAUCCUGAGACCUUGUGUCGCAUGUUCAUUAUCAAUGCAGGUCAGGGAUUUAGACUUCUAUGGAGCACUGUGAAGAGCUUCCUUGAUCCAAAGACCACUGCAAAGAUCAAUGUUUUGGGAAAUAAGUACCAGAGCAAGUUGCUUGAAGUGAUUGAUGCCAGUGAAUUGCCAGAGUUCCUCGGUGGCACUUGCAACUGCAAAGGAGGUUGCCUUCGGUCAGACAAGGGCCCAUGGAAAGAUCCUGAAAUUAUGAAUAUGGUGCAAGGUGGCAUGGCAAGAUAUGGAAGGUGCCAGGCUCCUUCUAGCACAGACGAGAAAACAAUUUCUGAGGAUGAGAUAGUGUACCAUAAGAGGCAAGACUCUUUCUGUGAUGAUGUGCGACCUCCCUCUCCCGGAAUGUCAAGGGUGAUCGAGCACCCACACUUAUCGCCUGUUCGGGAGGAAGUAGUCAGUCCGAGUUACAAGGCCCAGAGAGCCAUGGAGAGCUUCCCUACUCCAGAUGCAGACGAUGAUUAUAUCCCAAUGGUCGACAAGACUGUGGAUGCCAGCUGGAUUAAGGAAGUGAUGGAUGAGAAACAACUUGCCCUCUCUAAAGGUGCCUACACCCUAGCAGAUGUUUAUAAAGGUCCUGACGGGUUUAGCAACCACAUCCUCGCCGGAGUCAUGGCCUUUGUCAUGGGCAUCGUCACCAUGCUCCGCGUGACCCGUGUCGUGCCAAAGAAGAUCGUUGAUGCAGCCAUCGACCACGUCAGCCCCGUCUACUGUGCACAGACGAUGGUUAAAGCCCAGAUGCACCAGCAGCUGCCCGCAUCGACUGUCUCAGCUGCUGAGUACUCCUCCGUCAUGAAGCGCCUCAUCAAGCUGGAAGAGACCGUGAACAUCCUAAGCAUGAAGCCGGCUGAGAUGGCCAUUGAGAAGGAGGAGCAGUUGAAGGCUGCCGUGAGCCGUGUGGAUGCCUUGGAGGCAGAGCUUGCAGCAACCAAGAAGGCUCUGGAAGAUGCUCUUGUUCGACAGGAGGAGCUUCUUGCUUACCUUGACAAGAAGAAGAAGAAGAAGAAGAGCAAGUUGAACCCAUUUUGCUGGUAAAUGGAUGGAGGCAAAGGAAGCCGCAGGUUUUGAAAAUAAAGCUGUGAAUUUGACGUAGCUGGCUGAGAUUCUCUUCUCAGAAAAUACACUUGACUGUAUUCCUUCAUGUUUGGAUUUGCCGAACUGACCACUUGAAUAUAAAACUCCAUGAUUUUCUCAAGAUGAAACUGUUCCCUAUUUA